AACAAGAACAACAAAAAUGUGACGUAUUACAUAUAAAAAGGGAAAACAAAAAAAAUUGUGCAAUAAUUGUUGGAUGAAAAUCCUAAAAAUACAACAACAAAUAUUAUCUAAAUAUUUAACUGAACAGUGAUAUUACGAAACGAAAAAAUAUUAAAAUUUUACUAUUAAACAAAGUGCCGUAUUUAAUUGCUCAACAACUUUUGAAGAAGCUACAGCAAUACAGCUUGAAGCAGAAAGUUUAAUGAAAAUUAAAUUUAAGGAGUAUUUUAAAAUACACGGCGACAGUUCCGAAUUCAAAUCAGCAGACAAACAGCUGACUCGACAAGACAAGCAGACAUGGAAGCAGAAAGACGGAAAGCUCUCCGUUGAGUAAACAAAGACAGUGCUAACUAAAUACAAACAAAACGAGCAAAAACAACAGCAGUAACAACAACAACAACGACCACGAAAACUCGCAAUCACAGCCGAAAAGAGGCUCAUUAGAUUUUUUAAAGCUUUAUGUGACAGUAACGUGUGGGUGGAGCACGUAACAUCAACACCACACACGCGCACACACACGCACACACACAAGCAGAUUUCACGUGUCAGUAAGCAUUGAUUUUCCUGACUGAAUGUUAAUGGAACCAAUGCACGGGGUUAAGAGACGCAAAUCAUCGGUGUCGCAUUCGCACAAUACAGCGUCCAUUGCAACAACACCGACGUCCAUGGAAAACGACUCGGUUGCCACCACACCGCCAAUCACACCGCCCACGCCACCGCUCAACAUGAUGAUGACCACAGCUCGCAAUCACAGCAGCAGUAGCUGCAGCGCUAGUAGUCUAAUCGGUCACGGUAGCGCCAGCAGUACUUGCAACAUGGGUAACAACAAUACAACGUGUACUUUGACCGCGGCUAGUUCAGCACCCACGCACACGACCGACACACCGAGUGGCUCAUUAUUGAGCGCUAGCCAACAGAACGCCUCGGCGAGUAGCGCUACAGCAGCAGCGGCAAUUGCGGCCGCGGCAGCCGCAGCGGUAGCUGCUGUCGCCGCUGCUGGCACUAAUGCAUCCACAACGUCCGCCCUCAUAACCACCGCCCCCGCUACUACGAACGCCAUUGCUGCUCCACUACAAGAUCAUUACAGCCUGCGUUGGAAUAAUCAUCAGAAUCACAUACUGCGUGCAUUCGAUGCGCUCUUGCAGACCAAGACUUUGGUGGAUGUGACACUGGUGUGCGCUGAGACGAGCAUACAUGCGCAUAAAAUGGUGUUGUCGGCGUGUUCGCCUUUCUUUCAACGCGUCUUCGCCGAAACACCUUGCAAGCAUCCCGUUAUCGUUUUGAAAGACUUCCAGGGCUGGGUGGUGCAAGCGAUUGUGGAUUUUAUGUAUCGCGGUGAGAUUAGUGUGCAACAGGAGCGACUACAAACACUCAUACAAGCAGGCGAAUCACUUCAAGUGCGUGGUUUAGUUGAAAGCUCUGUGCCGGAGCAUACACCGACGCCAGCUGCCUCGCCAGAUGAUUUUGGCAUGAUCGACACAUCUUUGAUGUCGCCUGAGCUGGAGCGUUGCUCUAGUUUCGACGAAGAAUCACCUUCGAUGGUGACUGCAGGCUCAAAGGUCAUACUACCAUCUAGGCUUUUUGGCUCAUCAGCACGUCGGGAGCGUGAACGUGAGCGCAAGCGUGAACGCGCACUCGAGCGUGAAUUGGAGCGCGAAAUAGAAAGCGAUCAAGACCUGCCACUUGACACAAGCAUCAACUCAGAUAUGUGCACGUCUCCUAUGCCGAGACGUAAGCAAGCACGGCCACGUCGACGCUCCGGCGACCUGCCACUGGAAAUGAUUAACGAACCAGUUCCGCCUGCGCCAGCAACCGCACCUAUUAAGGAAUCACCACAAACCCAGCCACUGCCUCUGACGCUGGAAGAACAGCUGGAGAAAGCACAGGCUGAUAGCAUAGAGGCUUUGAAAACUGUGAUCAAAACUGAGCUAGCCGAGCCCGUGGACGAAGAUGAAGGUGCACGUCGAGACGGCAGUGGUAACGCAAAUGACAGUCACGAGAACAACGAAUCACAAGAAAAGUCGUCAAAUGAGUACCAACCGAGUGAGGAGCAACAACAGAGCUGCGGCAUGGUUGAGACACCCUCACCUGCAACUCCACUAAAUGCAGCACACUCCACACACUCAAUGGACAUAGACGACGAGGAGCAAGAUGAUGAAAAUGAAAACGAGCAUGAAAAUGGUAAUGACGAUGUUGAGCCAAUUCCAGAUGCUGAAGACAUUGAAGAACUCAUUAACGCCACCAAUGAGUUGCGUCGCAAAUCCUUGUCUAAUCUAUCGGAAGGUCCAGAGGAUCUCUGUACAACGAAAAAGGAUCAAAACGAGACGGGAGGUAGCAAAUCUGCUAACGACACUGACAACACUCCUGCGAAUAAUAAUAAUAACAACAAUAAACUGAACAACAACAAUCGAAUUGUGUUGUCCCUAAAAGAUAUACGACAACUGAACAAACCCUCAUCCUCCUCUGCACACAACUCAGCGAACAACAUGCACCCUUUUGCGACGGCCAGCCUACGCGAUCUGCGCCUCGAUCGUGCCGUCAGCACGGCGGCCGAAAAUCAAUGCAAAAUAGAUGCUUUGGAGGCGCAGAUGCAUGCUGCGGCAUCCGCAGCAGCGGCAGCAGCAGUAAAUGGUGAAAAUCCCUUUCAACUUAUGGAACAUCAGAUGGAUUUAUCAUUAGCGGCCGCCGCAGCAGCUGCCGCUGUUUCACAUCAACAGUCACGGGAACGCGAUCAUGCGUUACAAAGGGAACAACGUGAAUUCCAGGAACAACAAAAUGCCUAUGCGAAUAGCAUAUUGGGCCAAAUGGGCAUGGCCGGUAUGCCGCCAUUCGGUCCGCCCGUCGGACCUGGUGGACCAGCGCCACAUGAACGUUUGGAGGAGAGCAUGAAUCGGUUGAGCAAAGAAUUUGAUCCAACUUCACCUAUGAGCUUGCCGCCACACUUCAAUCCAACGGAUGGACCACCACAUCCAUCCUCACCGCUACCAUUUCCGGGUAUGUCAUCAGCUUUAACGCUAACGCCACCGCACAUGUUUGGCUUGGACUCACCACUCGGUCUCUUUCCGCCCGGCAUUGACCCUGGCAAGCUUUAUAAUCCACUAAUGGAAAUGUCCGAUCCGCGUGGCAUGCCGAGCGAUCAUCCACCGCCCUUUCUCAAAGGCAAAAAGAUACCCCGCCCGAAGGGACAACACUCUGCGCCACGUGGCGGUCCACCGCGCUCUUGGACCAACUCUGAGCUCACCGAGGCGCUGCAGCAUGUCUGGAAUAAGAAGAUGACCACCUCCCAAGCUUCACGCAUCUUCGGCAUACCCUACAACUCGCUACUAAUGUAUGUGCGCGGUAAGUAUGGCAAGAGCCUGAAACUGGAGCAACUGCGCAAAGACUGCAUAAGUGGUCCACCACUUGAACUGCUGCAACUCGGUCUAGGCGGCAGUGGCGGAGGCGGCAAGCAUAAGGAAGGUAAAAAUAAAUCAUCGGCACAUCACAAUGCAGAUAACACAGCAAAGGGUAAUGCCGAGCUUGAUUUGGGCAUACCACUGCCGGGUAUGGUGCCCGGCGGUAAUGGCGCAAACGGACCGCGUAGCGCCAGUUCUGAACCAGAUUUGCUCGGUGGACCCAACUCAAUAUUCGGUCCAUUUCCUGGCGCCUUCUAUCCCGAAUUUCCUGGCGGCUUUCCUGGUCUGCCAUUGAGCAUGCUCAAUUUGCUGCCACCUACCGAUCGGCAUCAACCACACGCCGCCGGCCUGUCAGCGUUACACCACCUUGGCAUGGAUGAGGAUUGCAAAUCGGAUCGCUCCAAGCAAUCUUCAUCAUUGGGCGACGAUGAUUUCGCCGCCAACGCAGCUUUAGGUGCGGGUAUGCAACCGCUCGCGCUUAAUCGUAGCGACAGUGAACGACGUGGUAGCAGUGAUAUGCUUGCGAAUUCCAACUCACUAGGAGCGCCGCCACCGCCACCACCACCCAUGAAUGCUGCCGUCGGUGGUGGGGGUGCGCAACAAAAUGGCGGUAUGCAGGAUUGAAAUUUCUGG